AUGGAGGACAAUGAUUCCUUGUUAGACCAUUUCAGUAGGGUAGUCCAAUACUGUGACAUUUGUGGCAGUCUUCUCGACGAGAGCCCCGAGGAAACUUUGCAGUGUGAGCUGUGUGGGAAGCUUGCGAAGAAUACUGUGUUCUUUCAUACGCAGACCACCGUGUCCGAAAACUUUCCGUCGAAGCUGAGGAACAAGAUGAAAUCGUUCACCGAGAAGGCUACGCGUGACGAACUUGGCCCCGGUCCUACUAUUGAAGUCGACUGUGUCAAAUGCCCCUCUAAGGACGUGACCUAUUCUCAGGUGCAGCUAAGGAGCGCCGAUGAAGGAAGCACUAUCUUUUACAACUGUCUGAAAUGUGGACACAGGUAA